CACACUGGCCUUUUUAUUUGUUCGAUUUUGAUACAUUCAGGCCUUCUCCGAAGUGGGUUCAACUCAAUUCGAACCCGUAGCUUGUGUACCAUAACAAGUUUUCCCAACAAUGGUGGGGAAGAGAAGUAUUUCUAAUGGAACUCGGAGCAAAAAAUUGUCUAAACCCGAAAACCCAUCUGCCCCAAAAAGGAAGAACAGAGAUGAGGAGGAGGAGAAGGAGGAGCAAGAGGUUUUGAUUUUGGAGUCGUCGAGCUCCAAGCCAGAACGGGGGAAAAAAGUUGUUACGAAGAAAGCGAAAAAAGGAGCAAAAGAGGACAGCGACGACGAGGAUAUUCGCUUAUUGUUUGAAGAGAAGGUCGCUUCCCAGAUUGCUGUAAAGGAAUGGGGGAAAAUUGGGAAAAGUGGGUUGAUGAAAAAUAAGAAAAGUGGUGGCGCUGGUAGUAGUAGUACUCCGAAGGAAGUUGAGAAGAAGAAAAGUAAAGGAAAAAAGAAAGCUGUGGCGGAAGAGGAGGAGAGGGAGCAGGAGAGUAGUGGGAAGAAAGAGAUGAAGAAUUCGAAGAAGAAGAAGAAUAUGGUCGCGGUGGAAGAGGGAGAUGAUGAAAACGAGCGGGAAGAAGGGCCCCAGUGCAAAUUUCCCAUGAACAGGAUACAAAAAAUAAUGAAGGAUCACGAUGCCAGUGCCAGGUUGGCUCAGGAGGCUAUAUUCUUGGCAAAUAAAGCUUCGGAGAAAUUUCUCGAAUUGUACUGCAGGGAAGCAUAUGCUUGUGCUUUCCUUGAUCACAAGAAACAAGUUUCUUAUGACCACCUAGCUUCUGUAGUUUCAAAAAGGAAGAGAUUUGACUUCCUCUCAGAUAUCAUUCCUCAAAGGGUGAAAGCCGAGGAUGCUUUGGCUGAAGUGUCUGACAAAUGAGCUGGCAAGAAAUUGGAAAUUUUUGUGCAAGCUAAUUGGAAAAGUUUUCAGUAACCAAGAGUUUUCGCGGAAGAAGUUUUAAGCUUGUUCGAGCUUAAACAUGCUUCCUUUAACAUUCAGAGCAAUUUUCAAUUUGCUCUUUUUUCUUUUUUUUUUUCUGUAUACAUGCUAAGUUUUAUCGUAUAGGAUUUUGUUUUACGCUUGUACUUGUAUGCCCUAAAAUUUUUCA